AUGUCUAGAUCUUUCCACAAAUGUUUUUACAUAACGGCAUUUCUUGAUGUAGCAAAAUUAGUGAUGCAACGCGAAGGUACCAACAACAAAAAAGGACAAGAAGGUUCGCUAUGGAUAGCAAAUUUAUUAGUCCUCCUGACUCCAAGGUUUUUUAAGCAGUUUGGACCUAACAAGGGAGUAAAUGAUGAGAAAAGUGAGGACAAGGGCAAUGGUAAGUACGAAGAAGAAGAUGGCUGCAUAGGAGUAAUCGGAGAGUUCGUGCCAGGGGGUGUCAUUUUAAAGAAUAGUGAGGCAAAUGGCCCUGAAAAUGAAUGGCGCUUUAGCAUCGGGCCUAUACCGGGCCCUCGCCGCAACAGGCAAGGUAGCGAAAACCAUGUGGCGACGAGUAGACAGGCCGCGGCGGUAGCACGGAAGCUUUGGACGCGAGCCCGGGUGCAGAUCUUGGUGGUAGUAGCAAGUAUUCAUACGAGAACUUUGAAGACUGAAGUGAAGAAGGGUGAACUGCAGUUGAACAUGGGUCAGUCGGCCCUAAGCGAUAGGAGAACUCCGUUCUGA